AUGAUUCAUUCACACAGCAGAAGUCGCAGUCGAAGCAAGGAGAAGUAACUGAGACCCUAAGAGACAUGCCAACAUAAUUUGCAACAAAUCAAGAAGGUUUUUAUGGAUGGUAGACCAAAUACCAACCCAGAAGAUGUUCGACAAUAUCGCCAAACCAAUAGGAUCUUCAUCAAAUCAACCCAUUCCUUUGUUCCGGAUCCCAUACUUAGAUUCGAGGACGUAUACUGUUUCCCAAGACCACUGUAAGAAUUAAUAGUGAAGGCUGGAUUUCCAAGUCCAACUCCUAUCCAAGCCUAAAGUUGGUCCAUUGGUUUGACAGGCCAUGAUCUAAUAGGAAUUGCUCAAACGGGAUCUGGCAAAACUUUGGCAUUUCUCUUGCCAGCCAUAAUCCACAUUUUGGCUUAGUUGAAACAAAAUUCAGACCCAUAAUGUUUGAUUAUGGCUCCGACAAGGGAACUUACCCACUAGAUUUAUGAGCAAUUUAUCAAGUUCUCAGUUGGUUCUGGAUUGAAAGCAGCAUGUUUAUUUGGAGGUUAAGAGAAAUAUAUAUAAAAAAAUUAAUUGAAUUAACAUCCUCAUAUAUUGAUUGCUUGUCCAGGCAGAUUGAUAGAUUUAGUUGAAUCGGGAUGCACUACAUUGAAGGGAAUUACCUUUUUGGUAUUGGAUGAAGCUGAUAGAAUGUUGGAUAUGGGAUUUGAACCAUCAAUAAGAAAAAUAGUGGCUUAAACUAGAGCUGAAAGAUAAACUAUGUUAUUUUCAGCCACUUGGCCAAAGGAAGUCCAAUCAUUGGCCUUAGACUUCUGUACUCAAUAGCCAAUUCAUAUCCAGAUUGGGAGUCUGGAUCUGACUAGCAAUAGACAAAUUUAAUAGAAGGUGCUCAUAUUGACUAAGGAAUAAAAGGAAGAAAAGCUAAGAGAAAUCCUCAAAUCUUUGGGGCCUAAAAAGAUCCUAAUCUUUUGUUAGACUAAGAUGAAAUGUGAUUAGUUAUAACUUUACUUGAUUUAAGAAGGUAUGCGAUGCAAAUCGUUGCAUGGAGACAAGAGACAAUCAGAGAGAGACUUCGUGAUGAAUAGUUUCAAAAGAGGAGAUACCACAGUGUUGGUGGCAACUGAUGUAGCAUCGAGAGGGUUAGAUAUUAAGGAUAUUGAAUUUGUGAUUAAUUUUGACAUGCCCAAGUUGAUUGAGGAUUAUGUUCAUAGAAUUGGCAGGACAGGCAGAGCAGGAGCUCAAGGAGUAUCGAUUUCAUUGUUUGAUUCCUAUGAAGAUGCGAAACUAGCAGGAGACUUGGUUGGAGUGUUAAGAGAAUCUUAAAAUGAAGUGCCUAGUGAAUUAUCUCGUCUAGCUAAUGUUAAUAAUCAAGGGUACUCCAAUUAUCGGAAGUGGAAUGCUCCCUCAGGUAAGAUUUAGUAUUGCAGUUGA